GUCCUCAGAUAGUGUUCCCUACUCCUUCAAAUGGUACUUCUCCGUGACGGAAAACUACGAGGUCUCUGCUGAUCUGAGGACUUUGCACAUGAAAAUCACAGGGACAUCCUGGCAAACAGACAAAUCAAGAAAAACACCCUGGGCUUGAUGGUAGGGACCCGGAGGGGUUGAUGGUAGGGUUCCGGAGGGCUUGAUGGUAGGGGUCCUGGAAGUCUCCAGGCCAGGCAGGUCCUCAGUAACUCCAGAGGACCUUAUGGGAAAAGAAAGCGGUUGCCUGAGCAAGACAAGACUGAAGGCUCAUAUACAGAUCUGUAGGUCAGCUAACAUUUAAUCACCAAAUGGCCCCACCUUAUCUUCUGAGCCCCAAACCACCUUUCCAUACACAUAACUCCUGCUGCAUAGUGGCCCCUUUUGACAUCUUAUCAAUAUUUCCUUUUCCAGGCUAUUCUUAACAUUCAUUUAAACCUGCUUUGCUGGAUAAUAUUCCCAGUUUUUCUGUUUUGUUUGGUUUGGUCUGGAGGAUUAUCACUUGUAUGUUAAGAAAGUGUGUAAUAUUUUUCAUAUAUCUUCCAAUGCUUAAAGGGUACUUCAGUAUAAACAUGGUAUUCUUUGUUUUUAAGUAUACCACAGGAUAUUGGUAAUAUGUCACCUACCUGUUUGUAUCAACAAUGUUUUUGGGCUUUUUCCUCCCACCCACUCUCCUAGAAAAAUCACUCUGUGAAGUAAUAUCUUAAGAUUUAUUUUUGAAGUGACAGCUUUCAGGGCUUCUCUUCAGCCUAAAAUUUCCAAACACAAAACUUUGUGGAAGCAGUGUAAGGCAAACACAAUGUAUUAUUUAGUCUCUACUGUGAAAUGUUGAUUUUAGUGCCUUUUUUCCCCUUAUUUUUCAGCUGUUAAUGAAAGGAAUGAGUGAUAUUUAGAAAGCAUCAAAUUUGGCCGGGCACAGUGGCUCACGCCUGUAAUCCCAGCACUUUGGGAGGCCGAGAAGGGUGGAUCACGAGGUCAAGAGAUCAAGACCAUCCUGGCAAACAUGAGUUUCAGUCUUGUUACCCAGGUUGGAGUGCAGUGGCGCAAUCUCACUCACUGCAACCUCUGCCUCCCAGGUUCAAGUGAUUCUCCCAUCUCAGCCUCCCGAGUAGCUGGGAUUACAGGUGAUCCUGGUGGAGAAGGUGGAGUAUGGUGAGCUGCUUGCUAAGGACAGCCAGGCAACAUCAUGUUUGUGAAGAUGUGCUCCACCUUCUCCUCUGUGCAUCCCAGCUCCUCUUGCUGAAACAGCUGAGCUUGCUAUUUGGAUUUCUUAGACUCCUGGCCUCCAAGAGACGCCUCUAAGGACAAACUGACCUUACAUUGGGAACUUUAUUAUCCAGAUCCUCAUAGGCUUUGUCCACUCUGGAUUGCUUUUUGCAACAGUUCUUAGGAAGCAAGAUUGUCUCCUGCACCGGUAUCUGCCUGUGUUUGCUUUUACCUACUUUGAGCAAGACCCAGUGAGGCCCUAGCUCUGUUGGUCCUGAAAAGUCUGAACCCUGAGGCUGUUUCUCCUGCCUCCAAAGUGCAUUUGUAGGAAAUAAGAAGCACAGAAACAGUGGAAACAACCAGGAGGAGAAACAAGAAAACCUAAAAUUUUCAAUAUUCAAAAAUACCUGUCAUGGUGGUUGAUGCAGAGAACACUGAUUUCACCAAAGAGCUUUGUAAUUUUGGACCAGAGAACAGCUUUGCUACAGGAACUGAUAUGUUUUGUCUUUCUGGCCUAGUCAAGGGAGGAUAAGUAAGUAUCUGGGGCAUGCAAGGAAUGCACUCUUGGGCUGUUUUGCUUGUAUCUGACUCACCCCUGACUCUCCAGUGAAGCAGAAAGGAAGAAACCUCACACCACCCAGGCGUGGCCAGACUUUGGCCAUUAUUGUGAAUCCCCAGGAGUUACCACAGGCCCUUCCCAAAUAUAUAUUUAAUCUUGUGGUUCAAAUAAGCUUUUGGCUCACAUCUAGGCACAUCAUAAAGAACGCUGUAGAAGAGGUGACAUGAUGAGGCGGGAAGAGGAGGAAGAAGAGGAAACCAUGAUGAAGGCAAAAGGGGACUUAGAGAUGAAGGAAGAGGAAGAGAUUAGUGAGACAGGAGAACUCGUUGGCCCUUUUGUGAGUGCUAUGCCCACUCCAAUGCCCCACAACAAGGGCACCCGGUUCUCUGAGGCAUGGGAGUAUUUCCACCUAGCCCCUGCUCGUGCUGGGCACCAUCCCAACCAGUAUGCUACCUGCCGCCUGUGUGGCAAGCAGGUGAGCCGUGGCCCUGGAGUCAACGUGGGCACCACUGCACUGUGGAAGCAUCUGAAAAGCAUGCACAGAGAGGAGCUGGAGAAGAGUGGCCAUGGUCAGGCUGCGCAGCGCCAGGAUCCAAGGCCCCACACGCCCCAGCUCCCCAUGGGCAUUGAGGGUGACUGGGGCAGGUUCCUGGAGCAGGUGGGCACCAUGGCUUUGUGGGCCAGCCAAAGGGAAAAGGAGGUGCUUAGGAGGGAAAGGGCAGUGGAAUGGCGGGAGAGGGCUGUGGAAAAAAGGGAGCGAGCCCUGGAGGAGGUGGAAAGGGCCAUCCUGGAGAUGAAGUGGAAGGUGAGGGCUGAGAAGGAGGCAUGCCAGCAGGAGCUGCCUGCAGCAGUACAUCCCUUCCAUUUUGUUUAAAUUGGGCUUGGAGAAUCUAUUCUGAAAACAUUGGCUCUAGACUUGUAAAAAAUAGCCAUUUUGGUUUCAACUCAAAUGUAAAGCAAAGUAGUUUAGUGACAUUUUGCUUUUAUGUGAAAUACUGCACAGUAUGAGUUAAUCUGAGCAAGUCUGAAUUGCCCAAAUGCUUAUCUACGAGGUUCCUAGAGCUCUGCUGACCCUUGGCUGAAACUCUAAAAUGUACCUAUUAAAGAUAAAUGCUUUUACCAAAGUAAAACUCUGUGAGUUGUUUCAGGGCAGAAUGUACCAGCCAGUCAGCAUUGUUUAACAAAAUAAUCAGAUUUUUGCCCAGCACUCGGUUUUGGUGGAGCUGACGAUUUUGAGGGCUGAGGCUGGUUAGGUAGCUGGAAUGUGCCUAUGUGACCAGCUCACUUGCAGACACCCUGCUGGAAGCAGAGCUUAAUCUUCCUAGGACUGAGGUCUUAGCACAUGUACUGGUGGAGCUUCCAGACCACCAGUAUUAAUAAAAGCUUGUUCUGCGUGACCUAGCAAGUGGAAGGACAAAGAAUUGUGAGCCUCAGAUCUCUGGGCCCUUCCAAUGCAUAUCUUUCUCCUGUUAUUGCUGCGAUGUAUUUUCUUGCUUAUAUUAAAGUUGUUUCAUCAAUAUAA